UGUGACGUCAAAUAAGAUGGCGGACGGUUAAAAGUAUAAAGCGCAUCUCGUUUGAAGAAUAAAAAUACUUUCGUUUUUCAUCCUCGCAGGGAAGAAAAAUUAGCCUAAAUGAUGAGUACUUCGCCAUAUAUUUUACAGAGGUUUGUUUCAGCGAAAGAGCCUGAACAUGAAGGAUUCACAUCCCUCUCGAAGACAAAAACGGUACACGAACAGGGAAGUAUGUCUGGUGAAGAAGCGAGAACUUUUUAUGAAGUUGUUCUUUCAUCAUCUAGUUCUGAUGCACAAGGCGUUUUAGCGGUGGAGGAUUACAAGCAUCCAAGGAAUAAAGUAAAUGGAUCGUCAAAGAAAUCAACCUAUUCAACACCAACUGUAAACGAUUUGAACACCAAUAUGAAGGGUUGUGCCUCCAACUCCAGCUCCAUACCUCGUAAAUCUCGUGUUACCACUUCUGAUCACAGACUAGUGAACGAUUUUUUAAAAAAUGCUCAAGAGGGAAAUUUAAAACGAGUCCAAGAACUGCUAUCCAAUAAGAGUGUAGACAUAAAUGUAUGUGACCAAUUUUCCUGGACUGGAUUGAUGUGUGCAUCUCAAAAUGGACAGAUUCACAUUGUCAAAUAUUUACUUGAGAGAGGAGCUUUGUGGAGAUCUUAUAAAGACUCACAGGGAAGAACAGCUUUAGACCUUGCAAAAAAUGCACAACACUUUGACAUAGCAGAACUUCUCAGAUCUUUCAGAGGUCUGCAUAAAUGUAGACACAAAAAAUCUUCCUGUGGAGAGCAUGCAAACAGCAUUAAACAAACCAAAUUUUGGUGCUCUGUUUGUGAGCAAGAGUUCACAGAUCAAAAGGGCAUACAUGAGGGUUCAAUGGUGCAUUUGUUCAAUAUACAACGCAAGCCUCAAAAAACAUUCUAUUAUAUUCCAGAAGGAAAUGUUGGCUAUCAAUUGAUGUUAAAGUCUGGCUGGAAUGAAGAUCAAGGUUUAGGCCCAGAUGGUGUUGGAAGGAAAUACCCAGUUAGAACAGUCCUUAAGAGAGACCGCUUAGGAUUUGGUAAUAAGGGAAGUCAACCAGCAAGAGUGACACACUUUGGUCCAAAUGAUCCCAGUGCUGUGAAGAGGAAAAAAUCCAUCACCGAGAAAGAAAAGACCCAAAGAACUAAGAAAAAGACUAGUCGAAGGGAUAGGGUAGCUAAAGAGAAGAAAGAAAAGAAUUGGGAAAGAAAUAUGAGGAUUUAUAUGAACACUGAGUAAAAUUUAUCAUCUACAGCUUUUA